AUGCAGGAAUAUUGCGCGUCGAAGAUGCACUUUAAUUUCCUCCGAGAAACAUGUCCAUAUACGUGCCAGCAAUGCCAUAAUGAUUGCAAAGACAACGUCGCGUAAGUUUGUUUGUAUGUUGAAAACAUUGUUGUUACAAUAUUUAUCAUCAUUUACAUACUUCGCAUUUUUUAGGUGUGAAGCGAUUAAAAGGAUUGGUGGUUGCGACCGUACUACAACUCGCUAUGAUUGGGGAAUAAUCCAACGAUGGUGCCCGAGGUCAUGCGGUUUAUGCAAAGAUAAAAAUCGGGAUCCAAAUAAGAAACAGAAGGAGGCAGAAGACAAAAAGAAGGCUCAAGAUGCCAAGAAAAAGGCGGCCGAGGAUGCUAAGAAGAAGGCUGUGGAAGACGCUCGAAAGAGAGAUGAGGAAGCUAAGAAGAAAGCCGAAGGAAAAAGGAAGGCCGCUGAGGAAGCCAAGAAAAAAGCAAAAGAAGGCAAAAAGAAGGAAGAGAAAAGUAAAAAUUGCGAAUCGUGUAAGUCAGUGCCUCGGAAAUCAGGAUUUUUUCUGAUAAAUAACCCAUUUCUAAAACGUUUGGUGUACCUUCAGCUUCCGAUUUGGUUUAUGUUGAUAUGCCAAAUUUUGACAAACUGAUCAAGCAAAAGGGUGACUGGAAUAUCGAAGAAACGACCUGCAUAGACGGAAUCAAAUUUAGAGUCAUCCCAAGAAAGACUGCAUGUGGUCAACCAGAUGGAUGCUUGCAGGCUGCCGUUGUCGCUAGUGAUGAUAGGAGUGCAAAGUGGGCAACUGCCGCGGAAGUGACAUUUUACGUGAUUAACAGUGAUCCGCUAAAAACAAUAGAAGUUGGACGAGAGGCUACUUUGAGUCAAGACGCAAAGAGUCUAGAUGGAGAUAUCCUGGCUCCAUUGGAUGACCUGGUUGAUGGAAACCGUGGGUUUAUCAGAGAUAAUACUGUGACGGUGCUUGUUAAAAUCGUUUUGUCUGAAGUGAAGGGUGGCUAG